UUGGAAGUUCGAGUAACCUUUACUUUAGAAAGAUCAGCAUCGACAACUGAUUUGGCAACAGUCGAUGAUGAGAUACGAAUUGGGGAAAUUGAAACGGGAUUAAAGCAACUUGAGCAGCGCAUAUCCGGUAUUGAAAUGCGCAUUCAGGAGGAUCUUGAAGCGGAACAAAUUGGCAUCCCGUUUCCAAUCGCUGAUAUCAUUGACUAUAUAACAGCACUCAAGGUGGUAAUGUACAAGCGUCAUUUGCUCACCCAUCAGCUUCAUGCCAUUGUACAAUCGGACAAACAACAGUAUGCCGAGGAAACAAAGACAAUGACCAAAGAAUAUGCAGUUUUGAAUAAACUAGCGAUGCUGGAAGAUGCCUUGAUUAGGCUUGAACAUCUUCCACUGGUGCAUGACGACGAGCUGAAUAAAUAUUACCCGUUAUUGAACGACUUGACCUUUCUCAAGCGUGUCAUUGCACGUUUUCUGGAUAAAUAUGAGGUAUAA